AUGGCGUCAACGCAGUUAACGGAUGAGGAGCUUUUCUCCGAAUUAAAGCACUUUGGUGUCACUCCAGGCCCGGUUACCGAAAGCACUCGCCCGGUAUAUUUAAAGAAAUUGAAGAAGCUUCGCGAGGAGCAACAGCAGCGGGGCUCCAGACCGGGUAAAACCCGUAGCAGCGGGGCCAUCAACAGCACCAGUGGCGGAGGCAACACGGCGGGAUCCAGGCCAGCCAGCCAUGACGUCACGCACCUGAGCUCUAGCAGGAGACCGGGCAGGAAGUCCUCUGUCCUGGGCUUCAGCUCCGACGAGUCUGACGCUGAAACUCCACUUAAAAGAAAAGGCCUCAAUCACAGCAGUAGGGCAGACCGAAGCUCCGGGUUUCCACCGCAACCGAAGAUAAGGCCAACAACACCGAGUGUGGCUAACAAGAGUCAGUAUGGCGUUACGAGUAAGCUAAAUAGCAACAAUUCUUCCCCGGGUCCGGGCGGACAGAGAAGUGUCUCGCUGGGCUGGGGAGUUCGUGCCAGAUCCAGCCCUGAGGCGGAAGGGAGGGAUUACGACGAAUCGGGGGACGAGGAUGAUUAUGCGGGGGAAAUAGAGAAGAACUCUCGCUCUUUAAAUGGUUGUGGGGCGUCUCACUUAAACACUAGCAAGCUAGCUGGGGAUUACUCAGACUCGGACGAGGAGGAGGUUGGGGGCCUUAGUGUCGGAGACCAACAGCGGGAUAGGUUGGAGCCUAACGUUAGACGGAGCCACCCGAAAGCGGAGUUUACUUCCCACGGAGUGGGCCGAGGGUCCCAGACGGGAGGGGCAGCCAGACAGGUUAACCCGCCUGAGAGUCUAAAUAUGGUUGGGAACCGGAGGGUGGAGGGGGAGGGAGACGAGGUAAAGAGAAUGGACUCAGACUCAUCGGGAGGCUUGCGGAGCCACAACGUCCCCAGGAAGUCCAUCUACGUGUCUCUCGCCGAGAACCACGGAGGAGAGGCCGGCAAAAACAACCACGUCGACGGCGAGGACGGAGCUUACAGAAGCAGCACUAGUAGGUUCGCCAUUGGGUUGAGACCGCGCUUCUCAAACUACAGCAGCCUGUCCCAGACCUACAGGGGCAACCACUCCAAUCACACUGCUCCCAACCACUCAUAUAGCCAGGCAGUGCUGAAGCAGAAGCUGUCUGUCCCGGAGGAUGAGCUGCUCCAGCAGUUUAAAAGGGAGGAGGUGGCCUCUUCUGGUAGCUUUAGCGCUCACUACCUGUCCAUGUUCCUGCUCACGGCAGCCUGCCUCUUCUUCCUGCUGCUGGGCCUGAUGUACCUCAGGAUGAGGGGCUCUGGAUCCUCGGAGGUGGAUGGAGUCAUUAAGAGCCACCCUUUUGGCAGCGAUUUUGACGAUACUUAUAACAAGGAGGAUAAGGACCUGAUCCUGAAGCUGCUGCUCAAUCUCCAUGACCACCUGGCCCAAGUCGCUGGCCAGCAUGACUGUGGAGACCAGCAGCAUCCGAACAGGAGUCUGUCCAUUGACGAGGCCUCUACUUAUUUACAGACUCAGAAUCCGGAGUUUGAAGACCUUGUUCUUAGUUCUCUGGAGUGGAUCAUCCGGACAGGCCAGGAUGUUGGGAUAAGGCUGACAGGGCAGGUAGCCGAUGAUCCAUUGACCGAUGUGUCCGAGAUCUCUCGGUUGGAGUCCACGCAUCCCAAGAUGCCCUUCUCGUGCCGCUUCCGCCGAGCCUUCCUCACCGUCAUCAGCAGAGUCAUCCUCAUUGCAGUUGUGGUAGGCUGUGUGUGGAGUGUGGUCUGCUACAUGAAGUAUCGCUGGAGGAGAGAGGAGGAAGAGACCAGGCAGAUGUAUGACAUGGUGCAGAGGAUCAUCGAUGUGUUGAGGAGCCACAGUGAGGCUUGCCAAGAGAACCAGGACCUGCAGCCCUACCUGCCCAUCCCCCACGUCAGAGACUCCCUAGUUCAGCCUCAGGACCGGAAGAAAAUGAAGAAGAUUUGGGAGCGGGCUGUGAAAUUCCUCUCAGCCAACGAGUCCAGGAUUCGAAAAGAGACCCAGAGGAUCGGUGGAGCGGACUUCCUGGUCUGGAGGUGGAUCCAGCCUUCUCUUAGUUGCGACAAGACCUCGAUUCCCUCCAAAGUCUGGCAGGGAAAAGCUUUCCCUCUGGACCGAAGGAAUUCACCUCCCAACAGCCUGACUCCAUGUCUGAAGAUCAGAAACAUGUUUGACCCAGUCAUGGAGGUUGGGGAGAACUGGGAUCUCGCCAUCCAUGAGGCCAUCCUGGAGAAGUGCAAUGACAACGACGGUAUCGUCCACAUCGCUGUUGACAAGAACUCACGAGAGGGCUGUGUCUAUGUCAAGUGUCUCUCUGCGGAGCACUCGGGGAGAGCCUUCAAGGCACUUCAUGGCUCCUGGUUUGAUGGUAAGCUGGUGACCGUGAAGUAUCUGCGUUUGGACCGAUACCACCAGCGCUUCCCGCAGGCCCAGGGCUGCAGCACGCCUCUGAAGGCCUCCAGCCUCCACGUGAACACCACAAGCACCAUGAACACUAUGCCCCGCCUGCAGCACCGCGGCUCAGCCAACUCUUCAGGCUUCUCAUGAGAUCAGCAUAAGUGUUCGAUUUAUCAUUCUCCUCUGUGCCCUCCCAGCAUGACAGCACCAGUCUGCUGCUGCUCCUUCACUGCUUUAUAACGGGGAAGACUCCAGUCUGUGUCUCGGGAGAGCUUUUUUUUUUUUUCCCCAACACUGGAUUGAAAGAAGUUCGGCAGUGUUUGUUUUCAAUAAUCUUUGUAUCAAAAUGUCAUGGAUUUAACAAGGAAGCAAAGUACUUCUGGAAUAUUUAAGCUUUGUGCAGAGACUCCAACCCUCCCUCCUUCUCUUCCACAGUCUAACUGAUGCCAUGAUGGAGUUCAUUUGGAAAUGGCUGCAUGUAUGUAAGCUUUCAAUACAGCACGGUGUGGGUGUUGAUGUCCCGAAGAUGGUCGAUGUACUCCCUGUUGUUAUUAUUAUUCUGAUUAUUAUUAUUUAGUCAAGUGAGGAAGGCAUGGACAGACUUGUAGAGGGUGUGCUGUAAAUACAUGUGAAUGGUGGCACAAGAUUUAUUACGUCCUCGGUAUUAAAAGCAAACCAUAAGCUCACGUUUUUCUUGCUGCUCACAUCUGUAUCCAGAGGCUGCCUGAGAGGCUGCACCAGCACCAGCACACACCAACAGUUCAGCUGGGAGGGUAACCGUGAGGAUGCUGACUCAGCCUCUGUGUUGGUUGUUUUGCUACAUGUAUUCCAUGUAUGGCCUUUUCUUCCCCCUUUUGUCUUUUUAAUUUUGUUAUAGCAUCCAGCAGUGCUCCCAAACUCAACUUUUGAGCGAUUUAUAACAGAAUCAGGGAGUGUACCUUUUUUUUUAACAGUCACCUGAAGCUUUCUUCUCCAGAUAUAAUCCAAUAUAUUCCCAAGUUAUUAUUGUUUCUUAUUAUGUUUCUUAUUUACCUCUUUCAAGUAGGGUCAUUUUCACUGUUGACGUGUCCCCUCAUUGAAUUUCCAAACCUGUUCUCAACAAGUGCUGUGUAUUGUCAUCUCUGUGCGUGUACAUGACCAACAGACCAGAGGAGCACGCAGACGUCAGGAUAGUUUCAUGUCCAGUUUACAAUCUGCUCAUCUGGUGAGACGGAUGUUUUUUUGUUCAUGAUGGAACCUGAUGCUGUCACUGCUGGUCUUUGAUCAUAUCAGCCUCUUGUAAUGAUGCUACCACUCUUUUAUCACAAGGAGUACUGUGAGGAUGUUUUUAAUACUCAAUCCCAAAUAUUCCAACCCCCUGUAAAGGAGACUGUACUGAAUUUAGGGAAUUUCCUGAUUGCUUGCGUGUUUUUACAGCACCUUUUUUGGUAUUCAGAAAACGCUACAAAUCCAGGAGUUGCCAGACAUAAUUUCAUUUUUUUUAAAUGCAGUGACUUGAAAGUUGGAUUUAGUAUUUGCAGUGUGAAAUUGUACAAAUGAUGCACAUUUCAAAUGUUCAAAAACAACCCAACUGUGCCUUAAAUUUGUGCUUUUUUAAGACUGGCACUGCAUUACUGGAGAAUGUACUGGAUUUAAGAAAUGUUAAAACUGUUUAAAGGGUGAGUAAGGCCUGCCAUAGAUGUAGUUUUGGUAGAGUUUGACAUCUUCAGAUUUGGUAUUUUGUAGCAGUUUACUUUGAUAUUAAACCAAAUGCUUCUCUCUA